UGCUUUGUUUACAAUAUCUUUGUUCUUUGGUUAUGAAAAUAUUAUUCGCGCUAUUGGUGUUUCAGGAGGUUUCAACAUUUGUACGACAACAAAGAUCCAUACAAGGUAUUUCUAUUGGUUUACCAGUAAUAAUUAUCCUUAAUUUACUAUAUAAACCAUAAGAUGACCAAGUUUAGUUUAAUGUUAAUUUUAAUUUAGUUUUAAAUUUGGUUGCAUAUACAAGCUUGAGCUGUUCCUGUUGGACACGCAAAAACUGAAGUUGAAAAUACGCGUUAGUUAUAAUGAAUCGCACUGUAUAUCUACUAGCUUCCUUCAGUAUGUCCAAGCUUUGAAAUUAGAUGUUGUCGAGGUCUAAUACCAAACUUUUCUAUUAAUUAUUGUGUGAAUUAUUAUUUUUUAUCCAGCUUAUCAAUAAACGUGGGAAUUACUACUUAAGAUAUCGAAAGCCCUCUCCAAUUUUUAUCAAAUUAAUCUUAAGAAUAUUGCAUAUCAUUUUAUUUUAUCACUUUCAUUUAAAUUAGAAAUUGAAAUCAAUAAUAAGUACGGUCAAUCAUUAUACAUUCAAUUACUAUAAGAAACACCAAACAAGACAACGAAUUUGUAAAUAAUUUUUUAAAUAUGUUCAAGUGCAAGCAUACUUCAUUAUUGAUAGUCGCUGCAGUGAAUCUCCUGGCAACCACGGGCGAUAUAACAACGUCAUGGCCGUCUCCGGUGUUUCCAAAACUAUACUCGAACGAUACAAGAAUAAACCCUCUGCCAAAGCCAAUGACAAGAACCGAAGAAUCAAUUAUUGGAUCUAUUCUCAGUAUAGGAGCAUGUAUCGGACCGAUUUUUCUCAAUUUGAUCAUCCAUCCGUUCGGAUAUAAGAAAACUUUAUUGUCUUUAGCCGUUCCGCAUUUUGUGUCAUUUUUAUUGUUGGGCUUUACCAAACGGAUUUAUUAUUUUUACAUAGCUAGAUUUUUAGCGGGGUUGUCAGUUGGUGCUGGUUAUUCACUCUUUUCCGUCUACGUGGGAGAUAUAGCUGAUGAUGAAAAAAGAGGAAGAAUGGUACUUGUUACUAACAUAUUUUGGUCGGCUGGAAGCCUUAUACCACUCGCUAUCGGACCUUAUACAUCCAUAUCAAAUUUCAAUCUGAUUUUAUCCUACUUACCAAUUCUAUAUUUCAUAUUAUUUUUGAUAGUGGGUGCAGAGAGUCCCUACUAUUUGAUGCGAAUGAAAAAAGAAGAAGAGGCCGAAGCUACGUUGAUGUAUAUAAAAGGAUGUGAUAAAAAAGAUGUUGCGGCAGAAUUGCAAAAAAUUUCCGAUUUUAUAGAAUCAAGUAAAGACGCUAAAUUGAGUGAUAUAUUAACGGAUAAGGUUUUGAGGAAAAAUUUGUUACUUUGUUGUACGUUAAUAGCAACACAAGAGCUCGGAGGAUAUUCGUCGAUUUUGUAUCAUUUAGAAUUGAUUUUUCGAUAUGCCGAAUCGAAUAUACCGGCAGAUAAAGCAGCUCUGAUAGUCGGUUUUGUUUUAUUCACAUCGAGUUUCGUUGCUCCUUUUUUGGUAGACGUCGUUGGAAGAAGGCCGUUACUUAUUACUUCGUGUAUUGGUAUGGGAACCUCUUUAGCAUUGUUAGGAUUCUUUUUUCAUUAUCAUAAUACUCAUGCUCAUGUUCACGUUAUUAGAUUCGUACCUCUAUUGAGUUUGGUAUCAUAUAUUAUAAGUUUCAAUGUAGGUAUUAAUACCGUUCCGUGGACUUUGGUUUCCGAAUUAUUUCCUAGCAAAAAUAAACAAGCUGCUUCUUCCAUAGCGACCUCGUUUUCAUGGUGUAUUACGGCUAUCGUUACAUUCAGUUAUAAUUAUUUAGUUACCAGAUUAAGUAUAUUCGGAACAUUCUGGCUUUUUGCUGGGUGGUGUUUUGUCAGUUGUUUUUUCUGUUUUUUCUUCGUGCCUGAAACUAAAGGUAAAAGUUUUACCGAAGUUCAAAGAAUGUUAUAUAAGGAUUCCUCUGUACCUAAACAAGAAGUAUUCUAAGUUGUUCUUAAAAUAUUUCAAACAAAUUCGAAUAUUUACGUACAUUUUAUUGUUCAAGGAAUACCUUGUUGAAGUCUUCUAAGGUAGACUACAGCAUUCUAAAUAAUACAGGCGGAAAUAUAAACAAAAACCGUCAUUCUUCACGGGGCCAGUUGACGUGUCUUUUUAAUUUUUUAGUUCAUUGUGCUAUUCUAGUCUGUAAACUCAAGCACAUUAUAUGAUAGAAAUUGUUGUAAUAUGAAGACUGAUCAUUUAAUAAAUCGUAUUCACGCGCUGAGUAACUAACAUCCCCUUCUUCGACGUUAAUUGCCCUCCCCUUUCCACGCGAUGCUUCUGAUUGACCGAUUUACCUUGAAGAAAAAUCUGCCUAAUGCCGGCCGAUGAUUCAACCCCUUUCAAAGCCUGUGAAUUGACAAAACUCCAAGCUCUUGAUAUUCUAUUAUUUAAUUUAGCAAUUGCGAUGCUAAAUAAUUGAAAUUUAGGGUAUUGCGUUUCAGAACUAUUCGUAAUAACUGGAUAGAUAAUAUGAUGUUAUAAAUAUUUAUUAUUAUAUAAAUAAAUAAAUUAUGAAUAAA